AUGGCUUCCCCCGAUCUCGAGGCCGCCACUGCCCUCAAGGUGCAGGGGAACAAGGCCUUCGCGGAACAUGAGUGGCCUACUGCCAUAGAUUUUUACUCGAGAGCCAUUGAGAAGUAUGAUAAGGAGCCGUCGUUCUUUAGUAACCGCGCUCAGGCACAUAUCAAACUUGAGGCUUACGGUUUUGCGAUCGCUGAUGCCUCCAAGGCACUGGAGCUUGACUCCAACUAUGUCAAGGCCUAUUGGCGCCGCGCCCUUGCGAACUCCGCUAUUCUGAACUACAAGGAAGCCCUGAAAGACUUCAAGGCCGUGAUCAAGAGAGAGCCCAACAACCGUGAUGCCAAGCUAAAGCUCACCGAGUGCGAGAAGCUCGUUCGUCGGCUCGAGUUCGAGAAGGCGAUCGAGGUCGGUGACCCGCCCUCUGCUUUCGAGGACCUGGAUAUCGAUGCGAUGGUUGUGGAUGACAAGUAUGAUGGUGUGCGCUUGGAGAAGGAAAUGACGCAGGAGUUCAUUGAUGAUAUGAUUGAGCGGUUCAAGAACGGGAAGAAGAUCCAUCGCAAAUAUGCUUUCCAAAUAAUUAAGGCCGUCAAGGAUCUUGUCUAUGCGGAACCGACGAUGGUGGAGGUUGGUGUUAAGGAGGGUACUAGGUUGACGGUUUGCGGUGACACUCAUGGUCAAUUCUUCGAUCUCCUCGAGAUCUUCCGCCUGAACGGGUACCCUAGCGAUACCCAUGCUUAUCUCUUCAACGGUGACUUCGUGGACCGUGGAUCGUGGUCGACGGAGAUUGCUCUUCUGCUCUACGCCUACAAGUGGCUGCGGCCCAACGGAAUCUUCCUGAACCGUGGGAACCACGAGACGGACGACAUGAACAAGGUGUAUGGCUUUGAGGGCGAGUGCAAGGCCAAGUACAAUGAGACGGUGUUCAAGGUCUUCUCCGAGUCCUUCUCGGCUCUGCCGCUGGCUACGUUGAUCGGCAACAAGUACCUCGUGCUCCACGGCGGUCUCUUCUCGGAUGACAACACUACUCUGGAUGAUAUCCGCAAGCUGAACCGUCACAACCAGCGCCAGCCCGGACAACAGGGCUUGAUGAUGGAAAUGCUGUGGACAGACCCGCAGACCGCGCCCGGUCGCGGACCCAGCAAGCGUGGUGUUGGUCUUCAGUUUGGUCCGGACGUCACCAAGCGCUUCUGUGAGAAGAAUGGUCUGGAGGCAAUCAUUCGUUCGCACGAGGUGCGCAUGGAGGGCUACGAGGUCGAGCACGACGGACGGUGUAUCACCGUCUUCUCUGCUCCGAAGUACUGCGACACCACGGAGAACAAGGGAGCCUUUAUCAAGAUCGGGCCCGAGCUCAAGCUUGAGUACCAGGUGUUUGAGGCUGUUCCUCACCCGGAUAUUAAGCCGAUGGCGUAUGCGCAAAACUCUCUCAUGUCCUCGAUGAUGUGA